GGUAUGAGCUGACGUCCCUCUCCGUGGCCUCUCCUCCAUGCAGCAGGAUCUCAGCCUCCACGCUCUGUGCCAUACUUCUCAGAAAGAGUAGAUGGCGAUGCUGAAUCCCUUGGAAGACAACCCUCUGGUCGUCAAAGCUGCUGAAGAGGCCGGCAGGUCCACCAGGUUUUUACCAGAAACAGGAUGACUCCAGAAAUCCUCAGCGAGCAGGAGCAGACCCAAAACACUGAGGUGUCAGCGGUGAGGAGAGACGGUGUGUUUCGGUCGAUGCUCCGCGGCCUCUUCUGGCCUUUCGGCAUCGUGGUGCGUGCGUACCGGGGGUUUUGGUGGGUGCUGGGCUUCCGGCAGCCGCAGGAGACAACCCUGGUCAGCCCCCCCGAGGUUUCCAGUCCUGGACGCCAGAGCCUCGCCGGCCGCAAGCGCCUGCGCAGAGUGACCCGCCUGCUGCUGUCCAUCCUGCCCCGCUGGGUGCAGGGCGGCCUGGGCUACCCGGUGUCCAGCAGCAUUGGGCGCUCCCUCUCCCCAGAAGUCAGAGUCUCUCCUACUAAGCCUUGUGGAAAGGGCAGCAAGAGAAAGCAGGAUGAGUUGGACGAUGAGGAGGAAGAAGAGCAUCAGACCUGGGUGGAGGCGCUCACUCAGGAGCUUGCUGAUGACGAUGCCCCUGAGGAGGAUCCUGACUAUGAGCCCAGUACUGUAGAGACAGAGAGUGACGAGUACCGCUCGCACAACGACACGGAAAGUGACAUUGAGGUUCAGGAGAAAGGCGUGAUCAUUAUUGAAGAUGUGAAAACGGAUGUUGAGCUCCCCACUCCAUCUGAAGUCUCUUGCCCUGCUGUUUAAUGUGUCAUAUUUACAAUGAUGUGCUUUUGUAUGUUUAUAUAUUAAUUCAAUAAAAACUUGUCCUUUGCCUCGACAUUGCUGUGGCCUCCCACUAGAUGGCAGCAACAAUAUUGGUAUUCAACAACUGAGCUGAAACAAAGGUUGGAAGUGACUUCUGUAAAAUGCAUCAAUACGUUGUGCUAAGGUCUUAGUGAGGCUGGUAACUGUGAUAUCGUUAAUUUAAAACCAUUCAUUUGGUGCUGCUCAGGUGUCAACCUGGUGCCUGUUUAGGUUGCUCUAAUAUCUUUACAGCUUCAACUAAAGUGAUUACAGCUUCAUGUACCAGGUGGAAGUCAUCUGAAAGUAGUUUAAUAAUUGUGCAACUAUCAUUAAAGUGUAUCAAGGGUU